GGCAACAUUUCACAGAAUCUCAUUUUGACAUUAAAAUUAAAAAAAUAAAAAUAUAUUUAUAAAAGCUUUGAAUGGAAAAAGUGAACGCAUCUCAAGAAUCUCCCAAAAACUCUGGGAAAAUAGAGAACCAAGAUGGAGUAGUACCUGAGCACGAUGAUCAUGACAAUGCAGCCUGUGCAGAUACCUACAAUAUCUCUGCCCAUCCUGACGAAAGUGAUCAUCUUGGUGAGGAUUUGGUCCUUAUUCGAGGCGAUGCGAUUGGUGACACUUUAUACAGCGCACGUUUCGUGCUCUCCACAUUACUUAAACUGACAAAAGUUGAAAAAGAACUAGCCGAAAAUGAAGGCUUUGAAAAUGAUCUAUGCUCAGUUUGGGAUAUGACUAUUGAAGAGGAUGUUGUACAACUUUUGUUAGAGCAUAAUGUAUUAGAGCUCUUCGCCCAUAGCAUUAAUAUAACCGAUGAUAAGCGUUUGGUUGAAAUUUUAGUAGGAAUAUUGGGGAAUAUGUGCAAUUUCAAAUCAGCUCGUGAUUCACUUAUUGAAAAUACGACACUAGUACAAACACUACUAGAUUUAACUAAUUGCUCGGAUUCGUUAACGCUUCUUCAACUCACCAGAUUGUUCUCCGUUGUGCUUAUACACGCUGACAGAGAAAUUGCGCUACGGUGGUAUCGACAUAUUUGCCUUUAUCCGGACUUUGCUAAAAAUAUAACUUUUAUACUUAGUAAUUCUAUAAAUGAACAGCUUUUGCGGCAAACUAUGGAAACAUUGAACGCUAUUCUUGCAAAGUUUGCUAUAAUAGAACCUAAUCAAAAUAAUUCUGGGUUGGAUAAUGGUGAUGAAACGGAAGCUGCAAAUAUUUUGCCUACAUUUCCGGAGAUCUUUGUCAAAGAAGAUCUAAUUAAAGCAACCACAGAAGCAUUUCUGGCUCUGUUACCGCGAAAAGAUAACUCAGACCCUCAAGAAAAUCUCGAUGAUGAUGAUGAUGAUGAUGAUGAUGGAAACAUGAUUAUACUUACGCAAAGUACUCACAAUUUAAUGCAAAUAUUCCUCAACAUACACUGUAUUUUAACACAGUAUGAAGAUUUAUCACAAAGUUGUUACUUUCUACAUAUUGAAUCUUUAAUGGAGUGUAUAGGAUAUAUUUUAGAACCUAUGUGCAAUCCGAAGUAUAAAGAACAUUUAAGUAAUCAGGAACAAGAUCUGUUAGACAGCAUCAAUGAUAUUUUUGAGUCCCUUGGAGAUCCUUUUGAUGAGCGUUGUCUGAUAUAUACUAUAAGUAUUUGGAAUUUGUUAAGAGAAGAAAAUGAACAGAUAGCUCGAAGAACACCACCAAAUAAUGAGUUUGAAGAAAACGAAUUAAAGGACGAUGAUUUCAAUUUUGAGACUGCAUAUUUAACAAUACUUGAUAUGAUAGUACGCAUAAUUAACGCAGCUACUGAUGCACAAUUGGAAAAUAUAUUUAAAGAAAAUCUUGAUGAAAAUAUGAAGAAUUUGAAAAAUACACUGAGUAUCGGCGACAAUGAUCAAUCGACCAAGCGUUGCUACUUAAAAAUCCAAAAUAUUUUGCAAAAUAUACAAAAGAAAUAAUUUAAUAACUGUA